AUGAACACAAGGGUCGCCCGCAAAAAAGCACUUGUAUAUUCACAUGUGAUUUCAGUGAGUCAUUCUGAGAUGGUGAACACAUUCAAGAUAUGGACUUAUAAAGAAGGAGAUAUCCCCUUAAUGCAUACGGGUCCGAUGAAAAAUAUAUACAGCGUUGAGGGCGAUUUCAUCGAAGAGAUGGAGAGAAAAGGAAACCCGAUGGCGGCUAACCAUCCCGAUGAAGCACACGCUUUCUUUAUCCCGAUUAGUAUAACCAAUAUCGUUCGUUUUCUCUACACGCCUGCAGAACGCUAUGGUUACCGACAACGACUACAAGCAAUAGUUGAAGACUACAUUGGUGUCAUUUCCGAAAGGUACCCUUAUUGGAAUCGUAGCAACGGAGCUGAUCACUUCUAUGUUUCUUGCCACGAUUGGGGUCCCUUCGUUUCAACCGGAAACCCUAAAAUCUUCGAGAACGUCAUAAGAGUGCUCUGCAAUGCCAACAGCUCGGAAGGUUUCAUUCCGCAGCGCGAUGUGUCCAUGACCGAGAUCAACGGGCCAUUCGACAACAUCCCAACCGUAAGUAGUGGCCAAUCGCCCUACAAUCGUUCAAUGUUAGCAUUCUUUGCAGGCGGAAACCAUGGUGUUGUUCGAAAAAAGCUGUUCGAAUAUUGGGGAAACAAAGAAGAUGACGAUAUCCAAGUUUACACUCGCCUACCGAUAGAUCAAAACUACACCGAGUUUCUAAGCCAAAGUAAGUAUUGUUUGUGCCCUAGUGGUUAUGAAGUUGCAAGUGCUAGGGUUACCGAAGCAAUCUACGUUGGGUGCAUUCCGGUAACGAUCAAGAGUCAUUAUGUUCUACCGUAUAGCGAUGUGUUGGAUUGGAGUCGAUUCUCGAUACAGGUAUCGGUGGAUCAGAUUCCGGAUUUGAAAAGGAUUCUGGAAGCAAUAUCGUUUUCGAAGUAUUUGGAGAUGCAGAAAAGGGUAAUGGAAGUGCAGAAACACUUCAUGGUUAACAUUCCAGCCAAACAAUUUGAUGUUCUUCAUAUGAUCCUUCAUUCUGUGUGGUUAAGACGACUUAAUGUUCAGUUACUGAAAUCUUGAUCAUAUUUCAGCUGAUCAUGGUUGUGAUAUUUAGAUUAGUUUUG